CAUUUUAGAAUUGAUAAUUGUUGUUUGUUUGGAAAGCAAUUCGUCACUUGCAAAAUGUCAACCAAACGAGGAAAUAAAAGUAACGCUAAGCACGCCGAAAAGGCUGAUAAGAAGCGUGAAUGUUCACCUACAGCAGAAGAAAAAUCUUUGUCAAUCGAAGAGAAACUAGCUUUGGUGGAGAAAGAAUUCUGUGUAUUACGUGAUUUUUGUUUAAAAUCUGGAUACAGUCCACUUCAAAUUGAAGAAGCCACCACUCCUUUUCUAAAUAGUAUCAAAAAAGCUAAACGUAAGAAAUGGGCCCGCUUUAUCGUACAGUUUUUCAUGUUUGUCAUUUUCGCUUAUGGUCUUUUCUCUUAUGACCCCGUCUAUAGAGUUCUGCUUGCAUACGGUCGACAAACAAGUAUCAAGCUGUUACCAGUUUGGGAUUGGACUCGAAUGUUUUAUAAAGAAUGUCUGCUUAAUAAUCCUUACUACAAUGGAAUUGACUUGAAAGAAGAAGACUGUGGUAUUUGUGAAAACUUUGAACCAAUUGCUCAUAUGACAAACAUCAGUGCAGAAGAAGUUGUCGAGAAGUACAUUUACUCUGAGAAACCAUUGAUUGUUUCAGACGGUAUUGAAGAAGGCUCAUUAUUCCAGAACCUUUCCAUACAACUACUUGAUGAGCUCUACCAUAAUCAUCCAAUUCUUGUUGAUUAUGAACCUUGUUCCUUUCGGAGUAACUUUAAAAAACAGUAUCUUUAUCCUCAUACCAUCUUGAAAAAAGCUGUUUCUGGAGAACUCACUGGUUAUUAUGCUCACUGGGAAAAUUGUUUCAAGCCAGCAGCGAAAGUGUUCCGUGAAUAUUACAAAAGACCUUACUUUUUAUCUCCAGUUGUCCAGAUGGAUGAUACUAACUGGAUAUACAUAUCAUCAGGUUUUAAAAGUACAACUUUCAGACCAAUUGAUAUCAAGUCAACAUUAAUUAUCCUAAUUCAAGCAAAAGGUCAAAUAAAUUUUCAGCUUCGCCCCAAAAACCCUUGCAGUAAUCUGUGCCCUGUUCUGAAUGGUAUCCUCGAUGAAGGAGAAAUUUUAUUAUUCGUACCAUUCAUAUGGUCUAUGGAAUAUCUGCCAUCAGAUGAGGAAGAAAAUCUUUCUGUUGGUAUUGGAGCAAAUUUUGAUCGAUUCUAACAUUCCAGUUCAAUUGAAGACAAUUGGAUUUCUAUCGGACACUCUACUUCAUAACGGAUCUUUUCAAUUAUUUCAAAACUGAAGGAAAAAAACAGACAAGAACUACUUCAGAAUACUUGUCUGGAACUUACUGUUGUGAUAUUACCUUUGCGUUGUUUUGUGGUUUGUGCAAACGUGGCUUUGUGUUAAAAAUACAAUACUUUGGGUUUUUUUCCAAUUUCUUUUCCAUAUAUCAACAGAAGUAUUUUGAAGCAUUAUUUCUCUUUAAAGUGUAAUUCCUACUUAGUUAUGUAAAUUUUCUAAUCUUUGUGCAUAGUUUUAAUCCAUAGGUAAUAUAUAUAUAUAUAUAUAUAUAUAUAUAUAUAAAGUGAUGUUAUGUUGCCAACUUAAUGUGGGUGGAGGGGCUUAUCUCCCCCUUUGAAAAGAUGACACAAAAACUGUAUCAUGGCCAACUGGAAAUGGUGUUUCCUAGGGCUAAAUAGCAGUGGCAUUCUUCCCAUUCAUGGGACUGCCACAUUAAGUUGGCAACAUAACAUCACCUUAUCAUACUGUUACUGUACAAAUCUCUCUGAGAGAUUUAGAAAUGCAAUAUUUCUAUUAUAUGAAUAGUAUAUAUAAAUAAUAUGUAUAUAUAAUAUACAUAUAUAUAUAUAUAUAUCUACUAGCAGUAUUGCCUGGCUUUGCACAGGGUUAAGUUAGGAUUAUUAAGCUAAUCAAGUUCUUUAUUUCAAACUAAGUAACAUCGAUGUCAAAUUUGGGCAGAAUCAGUGUCGCGAAGGAAGCGCAUGGGUUGGGAGUUUGUCGGCAGAGGUAAUCAGGUUACACAUGCCAGCCCUUUGAAAACACCACUCCCAUUAUCUAACCCCCCUUUGCCCAUGGGUUGGAAACCCUUCCAGCAAGGAAAAUAGAAUGCCCAAAAGGGCUCCCGAUUCUCUGUGUCAGAAGCGGUUAUGUUCAGAUCACAACUAAGUUUUAAGUAUAUAUAUAUAUAUAUAUAUAUAUAUCGUUGCUGGUGCCCCUGGACUGGCUCUUGUGCGAGUGACACAUGAGGUUUCUCGAGCGAG